UCAAUUAUCUCUUCAUUGGCUUUUAGAGCAAUCCAAAAGAGAGCUGUUCUGCCAAUGAAGAUGAUCUAGCAGGCAUGAAACAACGUUUUUUAAAGGCUUGGUGCAUACCUUCAACUUAUCUUUCAGGAAAGCAGCUGCAAGGCAGGGCCAACACAUAAAAUUAGGUCUUGCAUCCACUACGUCACACCAGUGUCAUAGGGGUCCCAACACCUGCUUUUUCGUCUUUGCCCAUAUAUUCCAGAGAUGAUGUCGCCUGCUCUUUGUUAACUUAACUCCAUCAAAAAGGUCAUUUGUUAGUUGGCAACGUAAAGGGCCCUUGUAUUGCUCUACAUUGAGUAAUUGAGUAUUUCAGGCCAAUCCUUUUUGCUUUUCAUACACUGUUAUUGUGAUCACUGACUUACUGCACCCUUGAUAUCGCGUAGUGUUCAUUGAAACACCAACAUGAGAUUCUCAUGGUCUUUGGGCCUUGUGAUCACCUUAGCCGUGACAGAAACGGCGGGUUCGAGGAACUGGUUCAGUAAAGCUGUAUACAACAGAUGGCACGAAACAGAGCUUGAACGUUGGCUCUCUGACCAUGAUAUCCCAUAUCCCACGCCGGCUGAUAGAAAGGAUCUUGAAGAACUGGUAAAAUCGAAUUGGGAGUCGCGGAUCCACAUUCCUAUCACGCACACAGCAGAACAUGUAUCCGAAUCUCUGGGAGAUGCGAAAGAGUGGAUUUUUGAUACCUGGAGUGAUUCCCAAUUGAAAACCUUCCUUGACAGACAUGGAAUUGCUAGCCCACAGUCAAGCAAACGUGAUAAGCUAUUGGCAGCAGUACGAGAAAACUACGAAGCCAUUGCCCAAAAGCUUGGACAUACAACACUCUACCCUGGGAACUGGCUUUACGAGCAAUGGUCAGAAUCGGACUUAAAGGAAUACCUCGACAGCCGUGGCUAUAAUGUGCCCCAACCAACAACUCGAGACAAGCUGAUCGCUAGCGUACGUCGAAACGCACGUAUUGCUGGUCUAGAAUCUCAACGUGCUGCCUCGUCUGCCUCUUCAUCGGCUGAGGCUGCUCAGAGAACCCUAUCGGAAGCCCUGUUCAACGCCUGGUCAGAAUCUGACUUCAAAGAAUUUUUCGAUAAGCACGGCAUCAAAGUCCCUCAGGGUUCGAAACGCAACGAGCUUAUUGCCCUUGCGCGCAAACAUCGCGCUUCUUUGGUGCAAGACCCCACUGCUUCUCUCACAAGUGCAUUUGGUGCAGCGACUUCAAAUGCUGGAAACGAAUUUGCUCGCGCGACGGAGGACGCAGAACUGAAAGCGGAAGAUAUGUUCAAUUCUGCCAUUAAUAAAUGGUCUGACUCACGUCUCAAGGCUUAUUUGGAUGCGCGUGGUGUACCGGUGCCGCAGGCGACGAAACGAGAUGAACUCCUCGCCAGAGUACGCCUCAACAGGCACAAGGCAAUAACCGGAUACUCUGCUUGGACUUUUGAUACCUGGACCAAGGAGAAUUUAGGGAAAUAUCUGUCCUCCCAGCAUCAGCAAAUGAUGGGAAACAUUGAAUACACCCGCGACGAACUCAUGAGAAGGGCAAAAUCCGCAUACGAGCAGGCUUCUAAAACCAGUGGAGCAGACUUCGCUGCCGUCACGAACUAUUUGGCAAAGGAAGCUGCUGCAACCAAGGAUGCUGCAUUUGACACUUGGCCCCGGGUUGAUCUGGAAAAAUAUCUCGAGUCAUACGGUCUUAAAGGCCAUAAGAGCUGGGAUAUUAAUAGACUGCGCGAGGAAGCGAAGCGGAACGCUGAUUUCUUCCGCUAUGGAGAACUCGCACAGGAGGCAACGAUCUUCUCUCGAUUGCAAGGUGGUAUGCAGUGGGUCUUACACCAGCUGAAAAUAGGAGCGCUGAGUGGCAGGAGGGAAGGGCAGAAGGCCGCUGAUACUGUGAAGGAAAAGGCUUCCCAGGGUGUAAAGCGAGUGACCGAUGAACUCUAAAGAAACACUUCAAACUCCCCCUCCCUGUCCUGGAAUAGGAGUGAAAAGCAUGGGUGCUCUGCAGAAGGAUUAAUAGGGGUUGUCUUAGUUGAAAUAACGUCUAACGCGGUCUUUUCCUUUUGAUUUUCUUGUGAUUUUUUUUUUGGUCGCUUGUUCUAUUUUCUCCACCUUGUCAAAAUAUUCGUUUCCCAUACGUAUGUAUUUCUGCAGUUUGCAGUUUAUCCUUCCAUCUUGUUUCGUCUGUCUGUCAUGGUUAACUGAAAUGGAACAAUCGGCAGUUAUAUAUGUAUAAUUUACUAAAAUAAUGAGAAAAGGAGAAAAGGAAACAAAAUGAUAAUUACAGAGAAAAAACCCCGCAGCUGUUCUACCAUGAACCCGCGUACAUUUUGAGUUUGGCUACGCUAUUGUGCUUUCCAAAAAAACGCAGAUUAUAUGUUAAAUCUUCUUUCGAGUCAAAAGGAAGGGCUUCUGAUUUUGAUAUUUUCCUAUAUUAAUAUAUUCAUUCUUCGUUGUCGCCUUUGAAUGUUCAUGAAAAUGCCUGUUCAUGAUCUUGAUGCAAUGCAUACAUCUAACCCAGCCCCGUUUCUACCUUGUAUAUUUCAUAAUACGACUAGUCACCAGAUCAGCGGUUUCUCUGCUUCCCCUAGCUAUUUCUUUUGAAUGAUGAACAUAAUAUGCUGCCUAGAAUGUACUCAAAACUGAGUCUUGUUAACCCUCUCAUCAAGACCGAGAACCAGCGUUGCUUCUGCCACGUCGCUUUCUGAUUUGGUGUAUAUAUCCCGCGGUGUCGUCAACCAGAAAAAAAAAAAAAAAAAAAAAAA